AUGGCGAAAGUACCAAGAAGUUUCCGACUCUUAUCUGAGCUUGAACAUGGAGAGAAAGGUAUCGGAGAUGGAUCAUGCUCGUAUGGGUUGAAGGAUUCCGAUGAUAUCGCAAUGUAUGAAUGGAACGGUACGAUCCUCGGACCACCCCAUUCAGCUUAUGAGAACAGGAUCUUCAGCUUGAGUAUCUACUGUGGAGAUAAAUACCCUGAUAUCCCUCCUUUGGUGAAAUUCGAAAGCAAAAUCACCCUCCCAUGUGUCGACCAACAAGGUUUCGUAAACUUCUCUAAAAUCCCUUCUAUCUCAAAUUGGAAAAGAGAUUUCACCCUUGAGACCGUAUUGGUAGAAUUGAGACGAGACAUGGCCGCACCAUCGAACCGAAAGACCCCUCAACCACCCGAAGGAGCUGAAUUCCCACCUGCUGAUCUUCAGAUAAUCGCCAAACAGCGAAACCUCUAA